GUAACAGUGUUCAGCAACAUGAGUGCAGAAUGUGAUUCUAGGCCUGUUCCUCCUCCUCCUCUCCCUCCCUCCUCUCCUUCAAUGCUCUCCUCUAGACUGCUAGAGAAGGAGCUAGGGGCUUGCAUUCAAGCACGGGGCCCUGUACCAGAUCACUUAUCACAAACUAGAUACUUUAGUAAUGCACAAGAAAACUCUCCCAUCAAAACGAAGCCACAGACGAUUCAUUUUCAUGGCUACAAGACUGGGCGACUUCACCAGCAAACAAUUCAUAUCAUAAAUGCAUCAAAUGACAAUGUCAGUUUACACGUUGUCCCUCCAGCCACUCAUCACUUCACCAUUGACUAUCAUAAGACCAGCAGGCACCUAGUCCCUGGGCUCUCUCUUAAAGUCACUCUUAGUUUCCGUCCAAAUGAAUGGAAGCACUAUCAUGAUUGCAUUAGGAUACAUAGCAAGGAUGCAAAUUUACUGAUUCCAAUUAAUGCUUAUCCUGUACUAAACGUUUCUUCUUUUCCACGAUCCGUCAUGUUUCGUCCCACGCCAGUGGGUCAGACUCGUACUCAUGAUUUCAUUCUCGAUAAUUUGAUCCCUGUUGAUUUCCAGUACUCUCUCACUGUGACACAGCCUCAUCCAGCUCUUUCAGUAUCACCAAUGUCAGGUAUAGUAUCUGGUAAUAAUAAAGAAAAAUUUGCUAUUAGUUUCUCUCCAAUGGAAUAUUCAACUGCUACAAUGAAAUUCAAGUUAGACAUUGUCCAGUUCAACUUUCAGCCUCUCCUUUGUACAGUAACUGGGAAUGCUGUUCCUGGACUUGCUCUGCAGCAAUACAAGAUUGAGUCUACGAGGAGGAAAGCUGCAGUCAGUCAAGCAAAAGAAAAGGUCUCCCUUCCUUCUCCUUCUCCUCCUCCUCCUCCCUCCACCAGUGCCUCUAGUAAGAGAAGAAAGCUCUCCAGUAGCAAGAGCAGAACCAGCAAAUCAAAGGAUGCCACUACAGAAUAUGAAGGGAUCCAUUUCCCUCCUAAUCUCAAUACGCCUACGGCAGUAGCUAAGGUCCUUGCACAGAAGCCUGGAGUGAUGACUGUUGCUCAGCUUAAGACUGCUACCACCACUGGUGGUGCUUCUGGUAGCUCUUAUUCAGGGAGCUCUUCUUAUCAGCUUAAAGAGGCAGUCUUCCUUCAGAAAGUUAAGGAGAAUGACGAGGAAGAGAAAGCUAAUAGGAUCAGAUGGGUAAAGCAUAUAGGCUCUAAACCAUUAGACAAGGAAGGAAAGGAGACCAUUUUAAAGAAUAGACAAGAAGCACAAAGAAGAUAUCAAAUUAAGUAUAAUCUUCCCGACAACAAAGUAGAGUUGGGUAGAUUAGUCACAGAAUUAAACCAGAAUAGGACACUUAGAAAAGUAAAAGAAAUUCCUCAGUAUUGCCCAUCUUUUAAUACUUCGGCUAACAAUGAAUGGGAGAAGAGACACAGACUACAGCAGAGAUUCAUAAAAGCAGCAAACUCUGUCAUAGUGAGGAACAGAUGCCAGAGGAAACUAGAGCUUCUCCGUAAAGCUGAUUUAAAAGCAGCAAGAGAACGAGAAUUGAGUGCAGAGAUCAGUCCUAGUGCUAAUGUGGAACAGAAUAAACUAUCAUUGGAGGACUUGUCACUAAGUCUGUCUCCUCCUAUAUUCCCUGGUUAUAUAGAGCGCAACAAGAGUUCAGAGAAGCUGUCCUUCACACCAGUGACAGUCCAACCAAACAAAGUUGACAUUAAGCCGUCGAUACCACUCCUUGAUCUUAAGGUACCAAGUGAGCAUAAGCUCUUAGGCUACUCUACACUCACUGUCCCACCCAGUAUCUAUUAUAUGCCACUUGAAUCUGAUAAAGAACUAACUGGAGCUCAAGAAGAGUGUUCUUUGCUUACUUCAUUGCCUGAGCUUGAUUUGUCUUUUCUCUGGAAGAAGAAGGAGGAGGGUAAAUCUCUUGUUGAUGAAAUAAGAGAGAGGAUGGUUCCUUUUGAUCCACCCACCCAUCUCUUUGAACACAAGAUAGAACAACCUUUUCACAUAUUUAAUCCUUGUCCUGAAGUUGUGAGUGGAUUGUAUGAGUAUUUGCCUAAUUCAGAAGUCACUUUUGAGCAUCACUUACUGCCUCUGUCCACUGGAUCCGGUGCACCUCACCCACAACCAAAACUGGAUCCAUAUGACGGUAUCCCUGGUAUCAUGAAAUGGAAGGACUUUCCCUCUCCAUUCCUGGCAACAAUGGAGGGACAGAAGACCCUCUCCUCAAGAUGGAGACCUUGUCUAUCUGAUCCUUUCUCUACUGAUCUGUUACCACUCAUGACUGACCCUCCUCAACUUGACGGGCCCCAACAAGAUGACCUGGAGACUCUUGACUGUUCUGAAUCAAGUGAUCCUUUGCCAAGAGUGACUGAAGAAAUGCUCAGAGCUGAGUUCUAUAUACCAGACACUACUGAUGAGCCACUUUGCACCAGACAAAUGCAUGAAGAGCAGUUAGAGGCAGAGAGGAAAAACUCACUAGACCAUGUUGGAAAACAAUAUCAAAGAAAGCACGAACACCUUCUCUCAUUAUUUACUAAUAAAAACAAAAUAAAUUAAUAAACAUUUUCACAGUAAAACCACAGCCAUGACCUGUUGGCUACACUCAGUUGAUAACAAGCAGCACAAUUUGGCAAUAAUG